AGAUUUACGUGUGAUUCCCAAAAAUUGCUCACAUUCCGCUCUAAUUAGCUCACGCGGACCGUGUCCGAGUCGCAGCAUCACCGCACGCAAGAUGAAUCAACAAUGCAAAGUGUGCGGUGAGCCAGCUGCCGGGUUCCAUUUCGGCGCGUUUACCUGCGAAGGAUGCAAGUCGUUCUUCGGUCGGACCUACAACAAUUUGUCGUCCAUCUCGGAGUGCAAGAACAACGGCGAGUGUGUCAUCAACAAGAAGAACCGAACCGCCUGCAAGGCGUGCCGGCUGCGGAAAUGUCUCGUCGUCGGAAUGUCGAAAAGUGGCUCCAGGUACGGGCGGCGCUCGAACUGGUUCAAGAUCCACUGCCUGCUGCAGGAGCAACAGCAACAGCAACAGCAACACCAGCAGCAGCACCAGCAGCAGCAGCACCCGCAGCCACACAGCCAGCAGAAGAGCUCCGGCCACAACAACAACAACAACGGUGGUGGUCUCACGAGCAACCACAAUAGCACUACGACCACCUGUAGUAGCGGCAGCAACAAUAACACCGCCAGCACCAUCAGCAACAACAGCACGAGCAACGAGAACAGCAACAACAGCACCAGUUCUCCGGGCUUGUCGAUCUCGAACGGGUUCCUCACGGGUAGCUUUCUGUCGAAUCUCUGCCACAACAACAACAACAACAACAACAAUAGCAGUAACAAUAAUAACAACAACAAUAACACCAAGACACACAAUAACAACAAUAACAGUGUCACGGUGAAGAAAGGCUUGAAGCGGCCCAGCACACCGAGCGACUCGGGGGCCUCUUCGGCCGAUCCCGACGACGGUGGCGGUAGGAGCGGCGCGUUCAAGGAUCCGUUCCUGGCCACCGGUCUUGACGACGGUGGCCUCUCGAAGAUGGGCCCCCGAAUACCACGCACCCCUCCGGCGUCCGCCGCCCUGCAGUCCCUUCAGCCCGAAGCCUGCCCGUACCGGCCGCUGCUGCUGGGCGACCGAAUGUCGCCGUUCCUGCCGGCCGCCCCACUGCGGCCCGAUGGAUCGCCCUUCUUUCCGCCGCUGCCCUUCGCGAUGCCGCCGCUCGAGUUGCUCGCGUCCGCCCAUCACCACCACCAUCACUCCACCGGCAAGCGGGAGCACGAGCAGAGUGAACCCAUCGACCUGUCCAUGAAGUCUAAGUCAUCGUCCAGCUCGGCGUCGGCGGAGUCGCCGCUGCGGAUAGACAGUAGCUCCCCGAUGCUCGCCGAUACGCACGAGCCCACCAACCUGUCGGUGUUGGCCCCGCUGGCCAGCAAAACGGUGCCACUGGAUCUCUCGACCUUCGUGCGAAGCAAAGCCCUGUCCGGGUAG